AUGCCGAGGGCAUCAGCACUUUGUCCCUCCAAAUGUUUGUGUCCUCUUGAGUUAGCCAGGUGCGCUCCAGGAAUCAGCCUCGUGCCAGACGGCUGUGGAUGCUGCAAAGUUUGCGCGCGGCAGCUCAAUGAGGACUGCAGCAAGACAGAGCCAUGCGACCACAUCAAGGGACUGGAGUGCAACUUUGGGUCUGGUUAUGGCACAGCUAAAGGCAUCUGUCGAGCCAAAUCAGAUGGAAGACCCUGUGAGUACAACAGCAAGAUCUACCAGAAUGGAGAGAGCUUCAGUGCCAACUGCAAGCACCAGUGUACGUGCAUGGAUGGUACCUUGGGGUGUGUGUCCCUGUGCCCCCAGCAGCUCUCACAGCCCAAACUGGGCUGUGCCGAACACAAGCCGGUCAAAGUGCCUGGUCGCUGCUGUGAGGAGCUGGUCUGCCCUGAGGAGGAGGGGAAAGUGGUGGGCUCAGCCUCAGUUGAAAAGAAGGUCAGCAAAGAUGGCUGCAAGGAUAAACAUUCCGAUGAUGACCUCACAAAGAGAAACGAGCUGGUGUCUGUCAUCAGAGGACUCAAUUCUUUAGCUGCUUUCAGGAGUAAGCCUGAGAGUCGCCUGAUGUCCAAGGGGAACAGGAGGUGUGUGGCUCAGACCACAGCCAAGUCCCUUUGCUCUAAGUCCUGUGGUACAGGAGUUUCCUCCAGGGUCACCAACAACAACAGCCAGUGCAAGCUGGUGAAGGUGACUCGUCUCUGUGAGGUCCGCCCAUGCUCCCAGUCAGCCUACUCCAUCCUGAAAAAGGGUAAGAAGUGCAGUCGCAUUGCGAAGGCCAGCCGUCCAGUGAAGCUGAGCUAUGCAGGCUGCAGCAGCGUGAAGAAGUUCCACCCAAGGUACUGUGGUUCUUGUCUGGACGGGCGCUGCUGCACCCCUCAGCAGACCCAGACUGUAGCCGUUCGCUUCCGCUGUGAGGACGGAGACACUUUCAGCAAGGACGUCAUGGUCAUAGAGUCCUAUUCAUGUGACUUUAACUCUCCUCAUAACAACAAGAAGCCCUCUGGGCUCUCCAAUGAUAUCCGCAAAUCCAGAGGCUGAGGGGAAGGGAAGGUUGAGGGUUCCACACCCUGUACGUAAACUAGGAUUACAAAGGGGUGCGAUGACAGGGAGUAAGGAUAACUCCAUAUGUGCACUGCUAUGCUGGAGACAUUUAUUUUGAGGAUUUUUUUAUGAAUUGCUUCGUAAUAUUGGAGUGUUUUUGGCUGCUUCGAUAUGGAGCGUUAUGUUAUGUUGUAAUAUUUCAGUUCAAUGACAACUUGUUUUGUUUAUUCAAACAAGGCAUGAGAUGCACUCAAGUUUUGUACGCAUGUCUAUCUUUGCGAAUAUAUUUGUAUUUUUGUACAGUCAAAAUAUGAAAACAUCUGCUUUGUGGCAGCUACUAAAAUGAUUUAAUCAUGAGUAGAUGUGUGUCAAAUAUAAAUAAGUGCAAUUGUUUUUAACCCUCCCGUUGUCAUAGGGUCAAAAUGACCCGC